AUGAAGUUUAGUUCUGUUGCCAGUACUGCACUUUUGGCAGCCUCCGUCCACGCAGGAUGUGAUUACGUUGAUGGCAAUUACUAUUGUUCUGAGACCAACGCAGUUGUUUACUCUAACGUUGGUUAUUCCGGUCAUUACUCUGAUGUUACUUCUAUGGAUGAGUCCACCUGUGUAUGUUCUCAAAGUUCUGUCUCCUUCAGUGGUUCUUUGGCUCCAUUGAACGAAGAAUUGUCUGUUCAUUUCAGAGGUCCAAUUAACUUGGUCCAAUUUGGUGUUUACUACCCAGGUGACUCCGUCAGUUUCAAGAAGAGAGACCAAGUCGCCGAAGAUGCUCCAUGUACCACGGUUUCUACCGCCAAGAAGCAUCACGAGCACAAGAGAGAAGCAGCCGUCCAAUGGGUUGAAGUUACCUCCACAAUUGUCGUUGACGGUGAUGGUAACCCUAUUGAAACUGAUGCUACUUCAGGUGGAAGUGCUACUGAAGUCACUGACGGUACUACCAUCUUGACUCCAGUUUCCUCGCCUGUAACUUCUUCUCCUGCUAGCGCUGUUUCCUCCUCCAGUUCUUCUGCUUCUGGUUCUGGUUCAUCUUCCUCCACUUCCUCCUCUUCUUCUUCUUCUUCCGGCUCAAGUUCUGAAAGCUCUUCUGCUUGGAACAGAGUUUCAUACUUCACUCCAGGUUCUGCUCAAAACUUGACCUUCAUGAACCACCAAGGUGGUGUCAAGGGUUCUGGUACCUGGUCCGCAUGUUUCGGUAACUCUAUCUCCUACUGUGACUCUGAUGGUGUUACCGGGGCUGCUUCUGCUGUUGCGUUGGAUGACGUUACCUUGCCAUCCAACAAGGAAUUCAUGAUCUUCAGUGGUUCCUCUUGUGAUGACAGUUCUGAAGGUGACUGUGGUUACUACAGAUCUGACAUUCCAGCUUACCACGGUUUCGGUGGUGCUAUCAAGAUGUUCGUCUUUGAAUUCUCUAUGCCUACUGACAACUCCGGUGAUUACAACGUCGAUAUGCCAGCUGUUUGGUUAUUGAAUGCCAAGAUCCCAAGAACUUUACAAUACGGUGACGAAUCUUGUUCCUGUUGGAAGACUGGUUGCGGUGAAUUAGAUUUAUUCGAAAUCUUGUCCACUGGUUCCGAUAAAUUGAUUACACAUAUCCACAGCGGUCAAGGUGCCGAUAGUACUAGCUCUGGUGGUGGUGGUACCCAAGACUACUUCAAGAGACCUACUUCUGGCACUUUGAAGGCUGCUGUCAUCUUUGACGGUGCUGACCAAACAAUCCACAUUGUUGAAGUCGAUGACUCCUUCGGUUCUACUAUCUCUGCUGACACCGUUAACUCUUGGUUCAGUGAGAGUGGUUCUUCUGCUGCAUUGUAA